GCCACUGGUUCUCCUGCAGCAUUCUCCUUACUCUUGGUUUUAGUCCUGUCCUCUUUAACUCCAGGGAGCAAGUCAGAGUCAGUUCAUCCCACCCGUGAGACUUGCUAAAUUAUGUGGAGACGUCUGGUCACUGAUACUUUUGUCUUUCACGCUCUGGGCUGAAUGGCCUUCGUACUUCCAGAUCCCUGUUCACCUGUUACUUUCUUAGAAGUUCUGAGUUUUCUCACCCUGUCUCUUACGUGGCUCUAGAAAUUGAAAGAAUUGUGAACUUUAGAAGCCUUAUGCACAUAAAGACUACAAAUCCUGGUCUCAUCUGCCAGUUUCUUGGAAAAAUUUUUUCUGAUACCCCCCUUCCUCAAAUGGGUUCCUCUCAUUGAUCUUCUCCUGGCAAUCUGUCCUUUCCCUCAGAACCACUUUCCCUCAUCAUGGGAGCACACGUUGUAGUCAGGUGUUUGUGUGAUUUUGCCUGUCCCCGUGUUGGACUGUGAGCUCCCUGAGGGCAGUCACAGUGACGGUAACUCUCACCUAUCUAUACAUUUCCAGUUCGCAGCACACAUUUGUUGAAGAAAUGAAUGAUAAAUUUGAAACUAAUCGUGUCUUGACAUCGUCUGAUUUUUUAGGAUCUUAUUCGUAUGCAGGUAUUUAAAAUUACUCUUCGUUUUUUUUCAGUAGGCAUAAAUGAUGGCACUUCUGUGUAUGGUGGUCCCUCUUUUGACUUCUACCCAGCCACCUUCUCCGUCCCAUUGUCCUGAAGAUAGUGAAGAUAGCUACGGCUGCUGAACGCAUGUAGUUAUCUUUCUGGACAUUUUCCUGUGUAUUUUCAUUUAUAUGAAAAUAAAAAUAAGUAUGCUUAUGUUGUGCAGAUACGUAUUUGCCCAUAUUUCUGUGUAGCAGUGGAGUUUGAAUGCUCAACUAAAAUGGUAAAUGUUAUUUUGCUUUUAUCAUUGAUUUGAUAAUCUGAUUUUUUUGGUGUUGGUUUUACUUUCAAAUCCUCUUAAGUAAGGCACAUAACCUCUAGAACUGAGUUUCCACAUCUACUAAAGGAUUGAUUUGGAUUAAAUGAAACUGAAGACCUCUUGCUUUCCAUCUGACACUAAAUUCAGUGUUACUGUAUAAUUCAUCUGUAUUAGCUGCCACAAAAAAUGUGUUACUCUUUGUAAUGUGAAAAAGUAGGAAGAUCAGACAUCUGUUAUGACUUGGGCAGCAAGAGGAAAUUUUGGGGCAAGUUGUUAAAAUGUUCAAUUUUUUUUUUCCCCCUCCAAGAGUGGCUGGAGAAUGUUAGCUGCUAAAACUAGUAGGGGGAUCUAUCUGUCUUGUGGACUUUGGCACUAGGAAGUUUGUGCUUCAUUGAUCUCACGGAGCUAGCCAAUGCCACCCUAAAAGGAAUUUUAUCCCAACUCCCUGAAUUUCCAUAUCUCCACUGUACAUUUAUUAUCACAAAUGUCCCAGUGAAAAAUUUAUAGGAAUCAGUUUAUUUAGGUAAAUCUUUGUUAGUGAUUUAUAUAAAACAUUUAUGUAAAAUAAUUUCCCAAGCAGUUUUAACCUCUAUCUUCUCUCCCCAAAGAGAAACAAAAGAAUAAAAAAAGCAGAUUUUUGCUUAGUCAUGGUAUGUUUGUAAGUUCUCUUGUCUUACAAUAUCACAUCUUAAAAAUUUUUUUAGUUAGCUGCUUUUGUCAUUUAUUUGAUAGUUUAAAAAAUUGUAUUUCUGAUACAUAUUUCAUACAUCACUGAUUUUAUUAAAAUUUUUUUUUAGUUACUAAAAACCUCAAACAUACGUAAAAGUAGAGAAUUUAAUUAACACUCAUGUCCUUGUCCUCUUGCUUUCACAGUCCUUAUUUUGCCCACCUGGUUUACUAACAUUUUCAGUAUAAAUAACACCACAUUUAAAAAUAUUAUCUUUAGAAAAGAGGUUUAGUGUUUCACAGGAAAAAAAAAAAAAGACCCAAACGAGAAGCAAAAACUAUGCCCAAGCCUUUUCUGAUGAUAGCCGUUUAUAGAGAAUUGAUAAUUCUAUAAAAUAUUUUUUAGCUCCUAUAUCAUUCUCUAUUCUCAAUUUUGUGUCUUUCACAUGGAAAUGAGCUAGCCAAGUAGUUUGUUUCAUGAUUAGAUUGCAGAUAUGACUCCACUGUGCUUAUUGUCUUGUUUCAAAUAUUAAAAAAUUUUUUAACUCAUUUGUUUUAACAAAGCAACCCCAAAACCCCAGGUUUUUGUGGCGAUGUUGUGGUUUGACGAUGAUGACAUUGUUUCGCUCCUCUCUCGGUGGCGGUGUUGAGUCUGCUGCAGUUGGGGAAGCUGGCCUCCUGGAGUGGGAGUGUUGUAGUUUUGCUGCUGGACUCUUCCCUCCCUCCCCCCACCCCAUCAGGAUGAUAUGAGACUUGAAAGAAGACGAUGCAUACAGGAGGAGAGACUUCAGCAUGCAAACCUUCAUCUGUUCGGCUUGCACCGUCAUUUUCAUUCCAUGCUGCUGGCCUUCAGAUGGCUGGACAGAUGCCCCAUUCACAUCAGUACAGUGACCGUCGCCAGCCAAACAUAAGUGACCAACAGGUUUCUGCCUUAUCUUAUUCUGACCAGAUUCAGCAACCUCUAACUAACCAGGUGAUGCCUGAUGUUGUCAUGUUACAGAGGCGGAUGCCCCAAACCUUCCGUGACCCAGCUACUGCUCCCCUGAGAAAACUUUCUGUUGACUUGAUCAAAACUUACAAGCAUAUUAAUGAGGUUUACUAUGCAAAAAAGAAGCGAAGACACCAACAGGGCCAGGGAGACGACUCUAGUCAUAAGAAGGAGAGGAAGGUUUACAAUGAUGGUUAUGAUGAUGAUAACUAUGAUUAUAUUGUAAAAAACGGAGAAAAGUGGAUGGAUCGUUACGAAAUUGACUCCUUAAUAGGCAAAGGUUCCUUUGGACAGGUUGUAAAGGCAUAUGAUCGUGUGGAACAGGAAUGGGUUGCCAUUAAAAUAAUAAAGAACAAGAAGGCUUUUCUGAAUCAAGCCCAGAUAGAAGUGCGACUUCUUGAGCUCAUGAACAAACAUGACACUGAAAUGAAAUACUACAUAGUGCAUUUAAAACGCCACUUUAUGUUUCGAAACCAUCUCUGUUUAGUUUUUGAAAUGCUGUCCUACAACCUCUACGACUUGUUGAGGAACACCAAUUUUCGAGGUGUCUCCUUGAACCUAACACGAAAGUUUGCACAACAGAUGUGCACUGCACUGCUUUUCCUUGCGACUCCAGAACUUAGUAUCAUUCACUGUGACCUAAAACCUGAGAAUAUCCUUCUUUGUAACCCUAAACGCAGUGCAAUCAAGAUUGUUGACUUUGGCAGUUCUUGUCAGUUGGGGCAGAGGAUAUACCAGUACAUUCAGAGUCGCUUUUAUCGGUCUCCAGAGGUGCUGCUGGGAAUGCCUUAUGACCUUGCGAUUGACAUGUGGUCGCUGGGGUGCAUCUUGGUGGAGAUGCACACCGGGGAGCCUCUCUUCAGUGGAGCCAAUGAGGUAGAUCAGAUGAAUAAAAUAGUGGAAGUUCUGGGUAUUCCGCCUGCUCAUAUUCUUGACCAAGCACCAAAAGCAAGAAAGUUCUUUGAGAAGUUGCCAGAUGGCACUUGGAACUUAAAGAAGACCAAAGACGGAAAACGGGAGUACAAACCACCAGGAACGCGUAAACUUCAUAAUAUUCUCGGAGUAGAAACAGGAGGACCUGGUGGGCGCCGUGCUGGGGAAUCGGGUCAUACAGUAGCUGACUACUUGAAGUUCAAAGACCUCAUUUUAAGGAUGCUUGAUUAUGACCCCAAAUCUCGAAUUCAACCUUACUAUGCCCUGCAGCACAGUUUUUUCAAGAAAACAGCUGAUGAAGGUACAAACACAAGUAAUAGUGUAUCCACGAGUCCUGCUAUGGAGCAGUCACAGUCUUCGGGCACCACCUCCAGUACGUCGUCAAGCUCAGGUGGAUCGUCGGGGACGAGCAACAGUGGGAGAGCCAGGUCGGACCCGACGCACCAGCACCGGCACAGCGGCGGGCACUUCACGGCCGCUGUCCAGGCCAUGGACUGUGAGACCCACAGUCCGCAGGUGCGUCAGCAGUUUCCUGCUCCCCUUGGUUGGUCAGGCACUGAAGCUCCUACUCAAGUCACUGUUGAAACGCAUCCGGUUCAAGAGACCGCCUUCCAUGUGGCCCCUCAGCAGAACGCGCUGCAUCAUCACCACGGAAACAGCUCCCACCACCACCACCACCACCACCACCACCAUCACCACCAUGGACAGCAGGCCUUGGGCAGCCGGGCCAGGCCGAGGGUCUACAGCUCUCCAACAAACAGCUCCUCCACCCAGGAUUCUAUGGAGGUUGGCCACAGUCACCACUCCAUGACAUCCCUGUCUUCCUCAACGACUUCUUCCUCUACAUCUUCCUCCUCUACUGGUAAUCAAGGCAAUCAGGCCUACCAGAAUCGCCCAGUGGCUGCUAAUACCUUGGACUUUGGACAGAAUGGAGCUAUGGACGUUAAUUUAACCGUCUACUCCAAUCCCCGCCAAGAGACUGGCAUAGCUGGACAUCCAACAUACCAGUUUUCUGCUAAUACAGGUCCUGCACAUUACAUGACUGAAGGGCACCUGACAAUGCGGCAGGGGGCUGACAGGGAAGAGUCCCCCAUGACAGGAGUGUGUGUGCAGCAGAGUCCUGUAGCUAGCUCGUGACUACAUUGAGACUUGAGUUUGUUUCUUGUGUGUUUUUAUAGAAGUGGUGUUUUUUUCCAAAAAAAACAAAGUGCAAAGCUGCUUGAAUCAGAAGGAGAUUAACACACUGAACCGCUACAGGAGGGCAAAGCUGACUUUUUUUUUUUUUUUUAACUUGAAAAGAUUGCAAAGGGACAAUGAAGUUUUUAAAAGAGCCAUGUCCAAACCCAUCUUCUCGGAUAGCUCAGAGGCGUCCUCUUUUUGCCGCCCCCAUUUUAACUUGCCACAUCCCGGUCACUUAGUGGGGUUUUUGUCUUUCUAUUCCACAAAAGUUAUUGUUCAGAUGUUGGUCUUGCUCAUUUGCCAACUAAUUUUAAAAUAAAAAGGCACUGCACAUCAUUUGCAUACAGGGCCCCAUGAGGGUGUUUUUCUCCCCCUUUUUGUUUUUCCUUUUUUCCCCCCCCGCCUCCCGUUUUUGUUUUGUUUUUGUUCUGUUUGGGGUGGGGGGUGGGAAAUUGGGGUUUUUAAGUCCUCUAAACACACUUGGGCACGGAAACGCAGUACUGUAAGAAGAGGGACCUCCAGCUCACACAGUCAUCACCUUCAGCUGUAUGGAAGGGACGGUUGUAUUGGCGUGUGGAAGGCACAGGACGCAUGCUGAGUGGCGGGAUCAGCGCCCUCCUGUCUGAACCUCCUGAGGAGCAAAGCAGCACUGCCCUGGGAUCCUGUGGGUCUCCCGUUGCCGAGGCCACAGAGAGAGAGGGACGGAACGUGACUGGUCUCCCAUCCAAGGUGCACUGAGAAGCAAUCAGCGGGUCAGUUGUGGCCAGUCCCGGGGAGGGCUGAGUGGUGGUCUUCGGGAAAACCUUUGGCCUUAUGGAUUUGGACUCAAACUAGAAGAGCCUACCAUUUCAGAUGCAAUCACUUUUGGACAUGCUUUUGCAGACAGUCCUUAACGCUGAAAACACAGAGAAUGGGUAAUUCAAGAGGCCUUUCUUUUAAAACAGACUUUGGUGACCCACUAAUUGUAAGGUAUUGCAAGGUCACUUUGCGUGUGUCAUAAAGUUGACUUCCUUAUUGGUUGAAGGUCACAGAAGUAGUGGUUUGCUUUGAUGGAAAUAGCUACAGCUGUGUCCCUUCCUGCUUUUUACUUUUUCUUUUGCUUUUUCUCGGCACGUGGUAUCUCCACCAUUUCUUCUGCACAAAGAUGUCUUCUGUUCAUCCUGAACAUUUUUAAAAAAAAAAAAUGCAGAAUUUUAUGUGACUGCUUUUUUGCCUCACAAUUAUGCUGUGAAUUUUACAAAAAUUUAUUUUCUUUUUUGAUAAUUUAUUGUACCAAAGCUGUUUUUAUAGCACAUAGAUGUCUGUAACCAAUAAUGUAGCAGUUCUGCACUUUGACACAAGGUGUAACUAGACCAUUUUUAAAUGUCAGUUGAAAAUUAUGGCUGUACUAUUGCUUAAACAAAACUGGAACUGUUGCUGAAUCCAUAGCCAAUACAUUUACAGCAAUCUGUGUACUGAACAUGAUAGAUUGACACCUAACUCAAGAUUACAACAGCUGUUACAUCCUCAAUGUGUUCAGGCUUCUGAAGGUAAAGGGACACUGGAUCCAGAAGCUAUGGAACCAGCAGUUGAUUCUUGUAUUCCUGAUUAACCUACUUGUAAACUUGAAAGCAAGACCUCGAUUGCACCAACAGGUCCAAAACGCGAGCAGAGUAGCGCAGAGCUCGCACGCGUGACCGGAGACGAGCAGGCUGGUGUUCUAACAGGUGCCUAGUUUUGAGAUUAUGCUGCCUUAACGUAACACAGUCUGGCAGUUGCUAAAUUUGUGUUCCCAUUUUAAAUUGACCAAUUUUACGGUGUUAUACUUUUGAGCGGUUGAAUUGGGAGAAUGAAGAUAAGAAAUUUACCUGUCCAGGAUCAAAGAAGCCUAGAAAAGAAGCAGUAAUCUACCUCUGCCGAUAACCCUGUUCAAAACAACUCAGCAGAAACACCACGUUACUUUUUAUUGGUCAAUUCCAUGUGGCUGACUAGGUCAAUUUUUUUCUGAACAAAAGCAGGUUUUUAUAUGUAAAACAGUGACAAAAGACAAAAAGGUUUAAAACUAUGUGAAUAUGAAUGGGAACUUGGGAAUAUCCGUUUUUAUAAAACCACAAAAAAUUUUUUUUGUUGUUAAUCAGGAAAUCCAUAUUUAUUUUGUAAUUAAAUGUCAAGCCUGUGGAUGAUUUUUGAACUUGGUAGUUCAUGAAGGUUUACAGUGAAUAAAAGGAUGUCAUCUUGAGUCUAGCACUAUCAAAAGGAAUUCAGUAGUUACUGCUGUUUAGGAAUAUGAGGUGAAGAUGUACGUGGGUCAGGUCAUUUUUUUUCUGUGCUGGUUGCCACAUCUGAGCAAGCACCAAAAAAAAAAAAAGCAGUUUUAAACCGCUGUUUGCAUAAAGGCAGCCGUCAGGGCCGGCGCUCCUGCAUACUGUGUUAUGUUGCAGUCCAGUUUUGUGUGCUUUCCUACACGGUUUGGUUACAGGGCUUCUGUGCAUUGUAAACAUAAACAGCAUGGAAAAGGGUAAAUACCUGUGUGCAGAUUGUAAGAUCUGGUCCGGACUUGCUGUGUAUAUUGUAACGUUAAAUGAAAAAGAACCCCCCUUUGUAUUAUAGUCAUGCGGUCUUAUGUAUGAUAAACAGUUGAAUAAUUUGUCCUCAGA